AUUGCUCGCUUCUUUGGUGCGCGGCUCUUGGGCGAGAUUCCGUCGAACACUUGGAGCGCGAUUGCUUGGCGUCUAGUUCUCGCCUUCUCUAGAUUGCUCUCUUUUCGGCAUCGUUGUUCGUUUCCGUUGACGAUCAGUAUAGCGGGCAAGAUUUUAGAAAUUCAUUCACGAAGCUUUAACUUUCGCUUGCGCGUAGAUCUUUUUGUCGAGCCGCUCCAGUUGCAGCUAUUGCACUGUGAUAUUUUAGGUGCUACAGCUGUAGAUCUUAAUAGACUUGGGCGCAUCUUGAUAUGGUCAGAUCAUGCGUGUCCUCCUAUACUUCUAUGAUUCCUCGAUGAAUAUAAACUUUUGCGCACCAAGUAAGAAGAACGAAGGUGUCAAACAAGUUACGUCUUAGCAUGCUUAGCAAGGACCAUGGGUUCACGUUGACCUGGUUUCCUACAAUCCCUUUUUCCCAUCAUCCAUCCGAAAUCUCAUUGCCAUUGCCAAUUCGUAUUUUGCAACCUUCAAUAUCUAAUAAAAAUGCAUAUUAACUAUCAAGUCACCAUACUUGAACUCAUCGAAUGUAUAAAUUGGGUUAGGGGUUGUCUAAAAGUAUUUAUUAGGGUUUUCUUUUCUAAAUUGUUGCUGCUUACUGGAGCCUUUUGAUCUCUGGUCUUGUAUUUCGUCAAAUUAGCUUUUGGUCUCAAUACCACACUAUGCUACUUGGGAUAACAUUGACAAAUUUGCAUGAUUAUGUGUAUGCGGUGGAGUAGAUAAGCCAGUCAUUUGACUCCUUGAAACCAUCUCUCCUAAAAUUGGUCCAAGGAAGAUAAGUGUUUAGUAGUUGUCACUGUAAGUCUGUAACUUCUAAAUUUUCAGGAGGUUCUUUGAGCUAUUUGUCCCCAAGUUACUCUUUACUUCAGGACUCAGGCGCACAAAUGAUCUUUAGCAAAAUAUAUUAGCACUAGAUUCAUCUUUAAGAGGAGGCACAAUAGUAUGAUACUUUUAGCUUGUGUUGCCUGCAGGAUUGUUCUCUCCACAUGAUGUUUAUAUUUGUGGGGCCAAACUGAUCUUGUUGGAAGGAUAUAUAUAGCACGUGUUUCUUUUUAUCCGAAAUCUCCUAGAAGGCUAGCACAUGAUUAAACUAACUGACAGGACUGGAUGUAGGAAAAAACUUUCUUGUGUUAGUUCGUAAUGUAAAACUGUCAUGUCUAAAUAAUUAAACUUUCAUACAACAUGUGAAUAUGAAAUCUAGUUCAUUAUCCUUUCCAAUGCUGUAUUCAUAUCAUAUCGACAUCCUCUGUGUUACUGCCAACUUAGAUACGAUUUUUAAUGGCUUGGAUGUCAACGACAAGAAUAUUGCUGUUCAGUUCAAGUAUGUCACUUGGCAGUUGCAAGCAGCUCUAACAAAUCUACCGCAUAGUUGUUUUCAAAUAUCUGAUGAAGUUCAAGAAGAGGUUGAUUUAGUGCGGGGUCAGCUUAAAAGAGAAAUGGAGAAGAAGGGAGCCCUUGAUCUAAAUAUUUUUUCAAAAAUUCAUGAUAUCUUAGCUCAUCAUGUUGAUAAUGUUGGAUCACAAUCUGAAGAACCACACAGCCAGCCAGAGACAUUGUCGUUGGAAAACUUGAGCAGUGAUCACUUGGAGUUGCAACAUGUUGCUUUACUAAUUUCAGAAAUAAGCGGGAUAUCUAAAUCUGACAUUAAAAAAAUAACGUCUGAGCUAAUUGAAGGGCUUGAAAACACUAGAGUUGAUGAUUCUGCAAAACCAACCAAUGGUGAUAGCAAAACAAGUGAUGAAGCAAAAGACUCACCUGACAACGUUAAGAAGCCCGACACUGUAGCUAUGCCUGAAGAUUUCCGUUGCCCAAUAUCUCUUGAGCUGAUGAGAGAUCCUGUCAUUGUGUCAACAGGGCAGACAUAUGAGCGUGCUUUCAUUCAAAGGUGGAUUGAUGGUGGAAACCGAACCUGCCCAAAAACUCAACAGAAGCUCCAAAACCUUACAUUAACCCCAAACUAUGUAUUGAGAAGUUUGAUACUGCAAUGGUGUGAGGAAAAAGGGAUCGAACCACCUACGAGAUCUAAGUAUGAAGGUUCUUCCGUAGAGGUCGGUGAGGACAGAUUAGCAAUUGAAGCAUUAGUUCGCAAUCUCUCUUGCAGCUCAUUGGAUGAACGGAAAUCUGCUGCUGCAGAAAUAAGAUCUUUGGCCAAAAAAAGUACAGACAACCGCAUGCUUCUAGCAGAGUCUGGUGCUAUUCCUGCUCUAGUGAAACUUUUGUCCUCAAAAGACCCAAAAACCCAGGAACACGCAGUUACAUCUCUUUUGAAUCUCUCCAUAUAUGAUCAAAACAAGGAACUGAUAGUGGUUGGUGGUGCCAUUGUCCCAAUCAUACAGGUGCUUAGGACGGGUAGCAUGGAGGCAAGAGAAAAUGCAGCUGCAGCUAUUUUCAGCUUGUCACUAAUUGAUGAUAACAAGAUAAUGAUAGGAAGCACGCCCGGGGCAAUUGAAGCAUUGGUUGAGUUGCUGAAGAGUGGCAGUUCAAGAGGUAGAAAAGAUGCAGCAACAGCACUGUUCAAUCUAUGCAUAUACCAGGCAAACAAGGUCCGCGCGGUCCGGGCAGGAAUAUUGUCACCACUGGUUCAGAUGCUGCAAGAUUCAUCCAGCACCGGAGCCACCGACGAGGCACUCACAAUCCUGUCGGUCCUCGUGAGUCACCACGAGUGCAAGACGGCGAUAGCCAAGGCUCACACCAUCCCCUUCUUGAUCGAUUUGUUAAGAUCAAGCCAGGCCCGUAACAAGGAGAAUGCGGCGGCCAUUUUACUUGCACUCUGCAAGAAGGAUGCCCAGAAUCUCGCUUGCAUAGGGAGGCUGGGUGCUCAAAUACCAUUAACAGAGCUGUCCAAGACCGGCUCGGACAGAGCCAAGCGCAAGGCGACCUCUCUCCUGGAGCAUCUCAGUAAGUUGCAGGUGCUCUAGUCUGCUUGCCCGUCGCAUACCAUUUUUCACGUGUGCGUCUGUUAUACAUACGGGAAGUUGUAAACUCAUCUGUUAUUGCGUGUGAAAGUAGUGGGCUGGUGUGGAGGUUUCAGACACCCUCAGAUGUGUUCAUUGAUGGCUACAAUAAAAAGGGUCGGUGUUGCUGAA